GAAUGCCAGUGUGCACGAUCUACACCUCACACUCCCGAGUCACACAGGUCCGCAUCUUGAAACACGGAUUGAGAAACGGUCUUCUUGUGUCUGAGUAAAGGACAAACUUUUGUAUUCGUUGUGAAAAUAAAGAGAAAAGGGCAGAGUAUUCAAAGUAAAACGCAUCUUUUGCAUAUAAAUUUGUUAUUCGGCCGUCAAAAAGUCAAUGCGCACAGUCUCUUGUGAGGAAUCCUGAGUUGUGUAGCCUACUAUGAUUUGAAAGAAGAAACCCAAACAUAACUGAGACAGGUGCCUAACUGACAGGAUGAAGAAUAUCUGCUUGUUGGACAUCGUGAUCAUCCUCUGGGCUCUGUGCUCCUCGAAGGUGAGAGGUCAAUGUGAUGAACCGGCCGAGAACUCCAAGCUCAACCUCUCUGUGACCUACAACCUGCCCAGCUUCGAGGCCGACUCCGCUAUACAGAACCUGGUCACCUUCGAGGGGACGGUUUACGUUGGUGCUGUGAACAGGAUCUAUGCGCUGUCAGAGAAUCUGACCAAGCUGUCGGAGUACUGGACCGGGCCAGUGUCAGAGGCUGGUGUCGAAAGGCAAUGUGGCCCAAGUAGCCAGGAUGGAGCUGCUGGCAAGCCCAACGCUGUGUUGGACAACAAUAACAUGGCCCUGCUGGUGGAGCGUUACUAUGACGAUGAGCUGUUCAGCUGCAGCUCCGCGGACGCCGGUGUCUGCCGUCGCCACUUGCUGGUGGAGAGAGGGAAUGUUUACAAGGAGGUGAACUGUAUGUAUUCACCCAAGACAGAUGAUGGAGGACAGCAGGGCUGUCCCGACUGUGUUACCAGCCCCCUGGGUUCCCGUGUGCUCAACAUGGUGAGCGGAGGCGUGGUACGGUUCUUCGUGGGGAACUCGGAGAUCACUGGAACUGGAAGUCCGUCCCGCAUGACCUCCGACCCCCAGGCCCAGCAGCCACAGCACCACACCAUCUCAGUGCGUCAGAUGAAAGAAACCCAAGAUGGCUUCCGUUUCUUCUCCGACCAGUCCUACAUGGACCUGGCCCCGGGCCUCCGCGGCGACCACCACCUGCGUUACGUCUACUCCUUCCAGAGCGGCAGCCACGCCUACUUCCUCACCGUGCAGCGUGAGGGCCGCAGCUCGCAGGUCUACCACACCCGCAUCGUCCGCAUGUGCGGCACCGACCCGGAGCUGCGGCGUUAUGUGGAGAUGCCCUUUGAGUGCAUCCUGACGGAGAGGCGGCGGCGGCGGCGCUUGGCCAGCGUCGAGGUGUUUAAUGUCCUCCAGGCAGCCCAUGUGGCUGAGGCGGGCAGCGAGCUGAGGCAGGAGAUGGGGCUGAAGGAAAGGGAGGACGUGCUGUUUGCUGCCUUCGCCCGAUCCAAGCCAGACUCCCCAGAACCCACGGCCAGCUCAGCCGUCUGCGUCAUCUCACUGGCAGACGUCAACAACUUCUUCAAGGAUUUCAUCCAGAAGUGCCACACCAAGCAGCCAUACCACUUCACCGGCUCCGAGGAGAAACGCUGCUACAAUGGGAGUUCCUCAGACAACUCGUUUGGCUGUGGGAAGCACGGGGAGGGAUACCGUCUGGAAGUGACCACCCCAAUGACCAGACUGGACUACUUCAGCGGUCAAUUCAGCAAAGUCCUGCUGACCUCCAUUGCCGUGGCAACCGCCCAGGAACAGACCGUGGCCAGCCUGGGCACCACAGAUGGACGCCUCAUACAGGUGGUAGUUUCCCGUUCCAAACGCAGCACGCCCCACGUGGACUUCCGCCUGGACCCCUCACGCUCUGUUUCCCCCGAGGUGGCACUCCUGUUCCCACAGGGCCACACUAGCUCUCCACAGCGCAGCCAGGAUGGCUCCCUAUUGUUGGUGACAGGAAAUAAGAUCACCAAGGUGCCUCUGAUUGGUCCUGGCUGCGAGCAGCAGUGGACGUGUAGUUCCUGCCUGCUGGCGCCGAGGUUUAUGGGAUGUGGCUGGUGUGACGGCCGUUGCACCAGGUUGGCUCAGUGUCACCCAACCUCCCUCUGGACCCAGGACUCCUGCCCUCCCAUCAUCACCAUGAUCUCCCCAGCCAACGGCCCCCUGGGAGGAGACACCAAGGUGACGGUGUGUGGGAGGAACUUUGGCUUCAACAAGACAGAGAGGUUUGACCAUACACUCAUCAGCCUGGACCUGGCUGGAGCACCAUGUAAACUUCUGAAACGAGAGAGCAACAGUUACAGGUUGGUGUGUGCUCCAGUGUCUCCUGUGAACUCGUCUCAGGCUAGCAAUGUGGUGAAGGUCCACAGUGGAAAGGAGAUGGCCCAACAACAGGGCUUCACCUUCGUGAACCCAGUGAUCAGAGAGAUCUUCCCUGUGUUUGGCCCUAAGUUAGGAGGAACCAUGCUCACCAUCAGAGGCUCUUUCUUAGACAGCGGAAACACCAGACAGGUCACUGUGGGAAACGCCACCUGUGAAAUCCUGAGAGUAUCAGGUACUAUGCUGAUGUGCAGGACCCCUCCCCAGUCAGCCCCAUCCCGCCAGGCGGUGUAUAUGAGGGUGGACUCUGUUGUCCGGGAGGCUCCUGUACUCUUCACCUACAACGAAGACCCUCUCAUCUCCUCCAUCCAGCCCACAAGAUCCUUUAUCAGUGGAGGCAGCACGGUGGUGGCCCAGGGCUUCUACCUUCACUCUACUCUCCAGCCUCAGAUGGUGCUCAUCCCCACAGCCCAGGAAGGCAAGGUCUUCACUGUGAACUGCAUCAAGGGUGAGGACAGGCUGGCCAUCCUGUGUACCACCCCGUCCCUGAAGGACCUGGGUCUGCAGACUCCUGUGGUCACUAAGGUGGCGUUCGUCCUGGAUGAUUUCUCCACGCCCCAGUUUGACCUGCUGUAUGUAGAGGACCCUCGCUUCGAGGACUUUCAGAGACCCACCGUCACAUCAAAGGGCAACAAGAGCAUUCUGGAGAUUAAGGUGCCAGGCCGUGUGGAUGUGGAGGCGAUGAAGGGGGAGGUGCUGAAGGUGUCUAACAGAACCUGUGAGAGCGUGACUGUGGUGGGGAACACUCUGGAGUGUACUGUCCCCAUGGAGCUACGGGACGCAACCAAUGAAUUGGAGGUGGAGUGGCGUCAGGCGUCGUCCUCGGUGAGUCUGGGCAGGGUGAUGUUGGCCCAUGAGCAGGACUACAGAGGGCUGCUAGCUGGCUGUGUGUGUGUCAGUCUGCUGCUGCUGAUGUUGCUCACUCUGUUCCUCUGGAAAAGGAGGAACAAACACAUUGACGAUCUGGCUGAGGGUAAGGUUUGGUAUGACGGCAGGGCUCACAUUCAGCACUUGGAUAUGUUGGCUAAUGCCCGGAGCGUCAGCCCCACUAACGAAAUGGUGUCCCACGAGUCUUUGGACUAUAGAACCACCCUGCUGGAGGACCAGGGCGUGGAGAGGCCAGAGUCAUGCAGGGGGGCUCCCCCUAUCUACGGGAGCCAUGGGGAGCUGCUGUCCCCCAGAUUGGGGCACGGAGGCAUGGGUCUGGGGGCAGAGGGGGAGAUGGUGUCCCCUCUCCUGUCGGCCCCGGUCCACAUCGACCCGUCCCAGCUGCACCCUGACCUCCUGAAGGAGGUUCAACAUGUGGUCAUCGCCAGAGAACAUCUGCUGUUACAUUUUAACCAGGUCAUCGGCAGAGGACACUUUGGCUGUGUGUUCCACGGUACCUUGUUGGAGGCUGACGGACAGAAGCAGCACUGUGCCAUCAAGUCUCUCAACCGGAUUACUGACCUGGAGGAGGUGUCUCAGUUCCUGAAGGAGGGGAUCAUCAUGAAGGACUUCAGCCACCCCAACGUGUUGUCUCUCCUGGGGAUCUGUCUGCCCCCUGAGGGCUCUCCUCUGGUGGUGCUGCCAUACAUGAAGCACGGUGACCUCAGGAACUUUAUCAGGGACGAGACACAUAACCCGACAGUGAAGGACCUGAUGGGCUUUGGUGUGCAGGUGGCCAGGGGCAUGGAGUAUCUGGCCAGCAAGAAGUUUGUCCACAGAGACCUAGCUGCCAGGAACUGCAUGCUGGAUGAGAGCUACACAGUGAAGGUGGCAGACUUUGGCCUGGCCAGGGAUGUGUAUGAAAAGGAGUACUACAGCAUCCACAGCAAGAGUGGAGUCAAACUACCGGUCAAGUGGAUGGCCCUAGAGAGCCUGCAGACACACAAGUUCACCCCCAAGUCAGAUGUGUGGUCGUUUGGCGUGUUGCUAUGGGAACUGAUGACCCGGGGAGCCCCGCCCUACUCGGACGUCAACUCUUUCGACAUCACAGUGUUCCUACUGCAGGGGAGACGGCUGCUGCAGCCAGAGUUCUGCCCCGACGCACUGUAUAACGUGAUGGUUGAGUGCUGGCACCCUAGACCGGAGCGGAGGCCUACCUUCUCAGAGCUGGUGUCCCGUAUCAAGUCCAUCUUCUCCAGCUUCAGUGGAGAGCACUACAUACUUCUCAACACCACCUAUGUCAACAUCGACAAGAUGACCCCCUAUCCCUCACUCAUUUCCUACUCCUCAUCCUCGUCCUCUUCCUCUACCCGUCAGGGCCACCCCCUGGAGCGAGACUGUUGCACCUGAUGGGGGAUGGGGGUGGAGAGAGAGAGAGAAGAAAAGAAAAGAGUGAUGGAAGAAAGGAGAGGACAUGAGAUGAAAGGAGGAGAGGAAAAAUAAUGUGCUUGACAGAGAAAAAGAAAGAGGGAGUAAAUAGUGGGCUUGAGGUGGUGAAGACUUUGGGUCACUGGAGAACGAGUGUAUGUGACUAACAGACAGACACUGGACAAACUCGUUGACUGAGAAAAGACAGUUUGAGGAUACUGACCUGUACCGUGCGUUCAGUAUGUAAUGUGUAUAUAUACUGACCGAUGAGUGUGUUCAGUACGUAUGUAAUGUGUAUAUAUACUGACCGAUGAGUGUGUUCAGUACGUAUGUAAUGUGUAUAUAUACUGACCGAUGAGUGUGUUCAGUACGUAUGUAAUGUGUAUAUAUACUGACCGAUGAGUGUGUUCAGUACGUAUGUAAUGUGUAUACAUACUGACCGAUGAGUGUACGCUUGAGGCCUUUAUGAACUGUGAGGAUGACCUUGGUCUGCCUCUCCUUGACUACAUAGAACAUGCUCUAGAAUAUCUAAUGACCUUUGACCCUGGUAUGACCCUGGAGCCUGAGUUCAGGAGGUCAGGCCUCUUGUCUCUAUCGCAGACAAUUUGGAGACAUGGGAGAACCUUUUCAAAGAACAAAGCCUAAAGAAGCACAUUGUGUGUAUGAAGUACAAGUGAAGCGCCCAAGAUUUGAACGAUUCCCUUCCCCAACGAGGGGACCGGUGGAUUUUGGAGACAUUUCUGCUUGUUACUGGGUGGCAUGUGCUUAGAGAUAUGGCUAAGUGCCAGGCUCCAGCUGUUAUUUUUCUCAAUGUCAAUGAAAGGUGGUGUAUUGUAAAGAAACAUGUUACACCUUCCUCCUCCGUACUGUCACUGAAUGCCCCUCUCCUCCCACUUCUCCUCGCAUUCCUCCCUCCAAGCUCCCUGCGCACCGGGACUGAAGGAAGACAAAUGAUGCCUGCUUUGCCGUUACAAUGUGUGCUCCAGCCUCCAGGUGAUGUUGUCAGUAACUGAGGUGGUGAAGAGUAGCUGGCGAGAGGACCAAUCUGCCACCCGGCCCGUGCGGUGUGUAGCAGCUACACUGGAUACUUCUUAAAGUGUAAUAAUCUUUGAUGAUUCCCUUUUGAUGUGCUUCGUUUUAAAUGUCUUGCUGCUUUGUUGCCGUGAGUGACUCACCUAUUAGUAAUCUGCAGAUGUUUCCCAGUUGAAAAGUGUUUUUGUAUUUUGGUAGGUAACACUGACUUGAAACGGCCUGUCAUAAUGUCUACAUAGCAUGUGUCAUAACGGUUUGUGAAAGCUCAGCCUGAAAACGGACAUCAUCUUUUUGACUUCAGACAGUCAAAUGGGGAAAACUGGAGACAUGUUUGAACGUUUGAUGCGUUUGGGCAUCAUAAUAAUAGUGUUAUGUCAGUUGAGAAAAGUACUUUUACUGUCAAUCAUGAUAGUAUUCGUACAAUAGCUAUGUCAGCAUUUUGAAAGACCACUUCAAUGUUAAAAUGUUACCAUUUUGCGUUUCCUUGGUGACGCGUUUGGCUUUUUACUAUGACUGCUGCGAUGUAAUUAAUGAUAAGGCCAGCAAUGGACAGAUAUGAAUGUUUGUUAAAAUAAAUGUUUAAAAUGCUGUACUAUAUUUUUUAGAAUGCCUUUAUGAUGAAAAUGAGCCUCAAUCAAUAUUGGUCCAAUGGUAUGCAAUAACUGAGCAAUGGUGCCACAACAAUGAACAAGUCCCCUAAACUAAACUUUAGAAGAACCACUGCCUUUUGUACAAAAUGAUAUUAAAAGGAUAGUACCUUUGUGGAGGUGUCUUCUAUAUGUAGGAUUUAACUGGUAAACGUGUGUGUAUAUACUUUAUGACAGGUGACCGUUGUAGGUACAGCACAGUACAAACAAACUAAAGAUACUGUACAGUCAUUGAACAACUGGAGCUAGCAGGUUCACUUCCUUCACUAUAGACUUCUAUGUUUUCUAUUGGUAACUAAAUGGCUUGUAAAUCCAUGAAUUGGUCCAUGUUUCUCACUGUCUGUGCAGUGUGAGUGUCUGUAUGAGCACUGUUACGGGUUCGUCUAUGAAAAUAAUGAUGGUACAUAUGUUGUUACGUCGUUAUGCCGUCUGACAGUCUCAGUGUAAUAAAGCUAUAUUAUCAGUGUGAAAUAUCUUA